CGGAAGUGGGGACCGGGGAGACCGGCGCAAGCAGGGUUCUCUGAAGGAAAGCAACAUGGAAACGAAAAGGUUAAGCAUCUCCCUGGCUCUGGUUCUGUUUCUUAUCCUGGCCUUGCAAAUCUUAUCCGCUGUCGACUUCGACCCGUAUCAAAUUCUGGGCGUCAGCAGGACGGCUAGCCAGGCGGACAUUAAAAAAGCGUAUAAGAAGCUUGCCCGGGAAUGGCAUCCAGAUAAAAACAAGGACCCUGGAGCAGAAGAUAAGUUCAUACAAAUUAGCAAGGCCUACGAGAUCCUUUCCAAUGAGGAGAAGAGAUUAAAUUUUGAUCGCUAUGGCGACGUGGGGGAGAACCAGGGCUUUCCCCAGCAGCAGCAGCACCAGCAGCGCCAGUUCCACCACUUCCACGAGAGCUUCUACUUCGACGAGUCCUUCUUCCACUUCCCCUACAACUCGGACCGCCGGGACUCCUCCGACGAGAAGUACCUGCUGCACUUCUCGCACUACGUCAAUGAGAUCGUGCCCGACAGCUUCAAAAAGCCCUACCUCAUCAAAAUCACCUCGGACUGGUGCUUCAGCUGCAUCCACAUCGAGCCUGUGUGGAAGGAGGUGGUGCAGGAGUUGGAAGCUCUGGGUGUGGGAAUCGGCGUCGUUCAUGCUGGUUACGAGAGGCGCCUGGCGCACCACCUGGGGGCCCACAGCACCCCCUCGAUCCUGGGACUCAUUAACGGGAGGAUAACCUUUUUCCACAACGCAGUUGUGCGGGAGAACCUGCGCCAGUUUGUGGAGAGUCUUCUUCCGGGGAACCUUGUGGAGAAGAUUACAGAUAAAAACUACGUCAGAUUCCUGUCAAACUGGAAGAAAGAGAACAAGCCACAAGUGCUUCUGUUUGACCACAUGCCUCGCGUUCCGCUGUUAUACAAGCUGACUGCGUUUGCAUACAGAGACUACUUAUCCUUUGGAUACGUGUAUGUGGGUCUCCGAGGGACCGAAGAGCUGUCCAGCCAGUAUAACAUCAACGUCUACACGCCUACCAUGAUGGUCUUCAAGGAACACGUUGACAAGCCUGCCGACGUCGUCCAGGCCCGGGGUAUGAAGAAACAGCUUAUCGAUGACUUCCUUUCCCAGAACAAGUUCCUGAUGGCAUCCCGGCUCACCAGCCAGAAGCUGUUCCAGGAGCUGUGUCCGGUGAAAAAAUCACACAGGCAGCGCAAGUACUGUGUGGUUUUGAUUACUGGCGAGGGCGACAAGUUUGCCGCGAGCUACGACGCGUUUCUAGCCUUCGCCAUGGCAAACACCAAAGACACCCUGAAGUUCGUCCACGUCUACGGGAGCAGCCAGCGGGAGUUUGCCCGGACUGUGCUGCCAGACGACGACGACAAGUUCUGGGGGAAGUCUGCCGUGGUCAUCCUGGAGAGGCGCAACAAUGCUGGCCGGGUGGCCUAUAAAGCUCUGGAAGAUCCCUGGAGCGGCCACAAAGCAGACAACUUCAUCCUCCUGGAUAUGUUGGACCAGUUAAGGACAGACCCUGGAUUCCUCUCUUCCGACACUGUCCUGGCAGACUUGAACGACGAGCUCGCUCCUGUUUUCUUUCUCCGCUGGAUCUAUUCUGCUGGCGACUAUCUCUCGGAAUGCUGGGACAGCCUCUUCCAUAGCAAUUGGCGGGAAAUGAUGCCCCUCUUAUCUCUGAUCUUCUCAGCGCUCUUCAUUCUUUUUGGGACGGUUAUUAUUCAAGCUUUCAGUGACUCGGGUGACGAGAGAGAUUUGCCUCCUCCCAUGAAAGACGAACCCCCCUCAAAGAGCGAGAAGAAUGACACAGGCUUCACGAAAGAUAACAGGGUCCCCAAGAAGGGUUUUGUCGAGGUGACGGAACUGACGGACAUCACCUACAUGAGCAACUUGGUGCGCCUGAGGCCCGGGCACAUGAACGUGGUGCUGAUCCUUUCGAACGCCACCAAGACACCUCUGCUUCAGAAGUUCGCCCUGGAGGUCUACACCUUCACCGGGAGCAGUUGCCUUCACUUCUCCUUUCUUAGCCUGGACAAGCACCGGGAAUGGCUGGAGUACGUGCUGGAGUUUGCGCAAGACGCUGCGCCCAUCCCCAAUCAGUACGACAAACAUUUCCUGGAACGUGACUAUACGGGCUACAUCCUGGCCCUGAACGGCCACAAAAAGUACUUCUGCCUCUUCAAGCCCCGCAGAUCAGAAGAGGACGCGGAUGCCCACAGGCACUGCGACGAUCCUGACCUGGCGGAAAGCCGGGGGAAAUCCUCCUCUUGCAGCCCCCGGGCCAGGUCGGUCAAAAGCAAACUCAACAAGCUGUCCUUAUGGAUGGAGAGACUUCUGGAAGGUUCCUUACAGCGGUUUUAUAUCCCGUCGUGGCCUGCGCUAGACUGA